AUGUGGCAAAAAGGUCGCCGUGGAGUUGCUAAUAGGAAACAUGAAACUAAGAAACAUGAUGGUAAAGGGAAAUCAGCAAAUCUUCGCGUUCAGGAUGUAGUUAAUCGUAUAACUGAAGAAAAUUACUCUGAAGAAAAAUCUCCCGAAUUAGAUAAGAGAAAAGAAUCACAACUUCGUGAUGAUCUUCAAUUGGAUACAAUCCCACUUAAAAAGGAAGGAGAGAAAUGGGAAGCAACGUAUUUACAGGUAGAAUUCGAAGAUAUCAUUGCCGAGCCAGAAGGAACACAUUCUCCAGAAUGCGUUUGGAAAAAUGCACAAAAAGUAUAUUCGGCGACAAAGAACAGCUGUUAUUCUUGCCUCAGUGUUUGUUGUGCAUUACCCAUAUCAUUCUUUGUAGCUAUAAGUUUCGCUUGCGUCACUUUUCAACACGUUUGGUGCCUUGGACCAGCUGUUAAGCAUUUUAGAAUCGCAUGCCACGUAAUUCGUCAAUACGUUGUUGCCUGUUUGGAAGCCUGUAUUGCACCAUGCUGCGGCGUUAUGGGAUUACUUUUCAGCCGAAUAGCGAUCUUUCAAGCAACAAAAUCUUCAACAAGACAGCUUGUAUAG